AUGAAGUUUGCCAAAGAACUCGAGCGAGAUGCUGUUCCAGAAUGGCGCAUCAAAUAUCUCAACUACAAGGCGGGCAAAAAGUAUAUCAAGGCCGUUGCCCGUGCCGUCAACAGAGCAAACGGCACUACACCGAAGCUGCGCAGCAGCCGGGGGCCAUCUCUGUUCGGACAACUACCAAAUAGCAAUACCCAACAGACCUUUCGAACAACCUUCAGCGGCCGUGAAUACCGCGAAUCUCUGGCAUCGGGCCCUACAAUAUCGAGUCGCCCGCCUGCCUACACCUCGGGAACGCCGUACGAGUUGCAGUCAGCAGCACGCGCAGUGCCGAUCAAAAACAACAAGGUCGCUGAGGAUGACGCUCUGAACCGCACACCCGAUACCAAUCUACAAUAUGGCAGUUUCGUGCCGACACCGCCCAACCCGAGUCCCCUGGGCCAACGGGGCAAUAGUGGCGAGUUUGAGCUGCCCGCACCGGCCAUGCGCCCCGCGGCAGUUGCAUCAUCGCCCGACGCCACUGUGCGAACACAUGAUUGGGCGCAGAGCCUUACAAAGCCCAGAUCGGCCGAGAGACGGAACUCUGGUACCAUCCUGCCGGUAUUGAAAUCCAACGGCUCGUUCAGUUCUACCUGGGAUAAGCGUAAACGUCGAGGCAGUACCGAUCAGCACCAGUCUUCACCGCUGCGACGCAUCUUUUCCUAUUCGCCCACACUCAUACGAGAUGCCUCGGCCACAACGCUCGGCCUGGAACCGUUUGACCUUAUUCGAGAGAGGGAGCACGACUUUUACGACUUUAUGGAUUCUGAGCUCGAUAAGGUUGAGUCGUUCUAUAAACUCAAGGAAGAGCAGGCUGGUAAGAGACUCGAGCUUCUGCGCGAACAGCUCCACGAAAUGCGUAACCGUCGACUGCAGGAAAUUCUUCCCCCAGUGGCCAGUUCGUUGCCGCAGGAGCACACACCGCUGUAUGGAAACGACUCGGACAGCGGCACAGACCGGAGUGGCCACCACUGGAUGCCUUCCAUCAAGAGCAAGCUCUUCCCUCCCGGGCCCAACUCUGAGGCGCUCCGUGUCAUGCCGCAGACGCCGUACAUGAGUGGCCGAGGCCGUCUAGGCGAAGGGCACCGCGAUUAUAUCCGCCGGCCCGACGAACAGGACGUCUCGUACCGAACUGCCAAGCGUAAGCUCAAGCUCGCGCUGCAGGAAUUCUACCGCGGGCUUGAGCUACUCAAGUCGUACGCGCUGCUCAACCGCACCGCCUUUCGCAAGAUCAACAAAAAGUUCGACAAGGCCGUCAACGCGCGCCCGCCGCUGCGCUAUCUCAACGAAAAGGUCAACCAGGCUUGGUUUGUCAACAGUGACCUGCUCGAGGGACACAUCAAGGCUGUUGAGGACCUGUACGCGCGCUAUUUUGAGCGUGGUAACCACAAGCUCGCGGCCGGUAAACUUCGUGGUCUUGCCAAGAAAUCAAGCGACGAGUCUGGUAGCUCCUUUCUCAAUGGCUUCCUCAUUGGCACCGGUAUCGUCUUCUCCAUCCAGGGCCUCAUCCUCGGUGUCCAGCGCCUAGGGUCCAGCGACGAGACGCACCGGACGCACACGAGCUACCUCUUGCAGAUCUACGCGGGCUACUUCCUCAUGCUCCUCCUCUUUGCUCUCUUCUGCAUUAAUUGUUACGUAUGGACCAAGUGUAAAAUCAACUACACCUUCAUCUUCGAGCUCGACCCCCGCACACGCAUUGACUGGCGCCGUAUGGCCGAAUUCCCCAGCUUCUUCCUGCUCCUCUUUGGUGUCAUCAUGUGGGCCAACUUCAGAGGCUACAGCGAGGACAGCCUGUACCUGUACUACCCCGUGCUCCUGAUCGCGCUCACUGUGAUCAUCAUCUUCCUGCCACUCCCGGUAAUUGCGUACAAGAGCCGCCGGUGGCUUGCCUACUCGCACUCGCGCCUACUGCUCGCAGGCAUCUACCCAGUCGAGUUUCGCGAUUUCUUCCUCGGCGACAUGUACUGCUCCCUGACAUACUGUAUGGCCAACAUUGAACUCUUCUUCUGCCUGUACACCAACGGUUGGCAAAAUUCGACGCAGUGCAACUCGAACCAUUCACGAGUGCUGGGCUUUCUUACGACGGUCCCGGCGCUGUGGCCAUUUACUGCUGUAAGCAAACCCCCCCCCGCCAUAUGGGAUCUCUUUAUGGACUUUUCCCUGCUCCAAUUUCACUCGCGCCACUUUUGGCUGCGCGACAUUCUGGCGCUGAAAUCUAAGCGGCCGUACUACUUCAUCAUGGUGAUUGACCCUAUCCUCCGUUUUAGCUGGAUCUUGUAUGUGAUAUUGCCCAAGGACUCGAACCAUUCGACCAUCUUCUCCUUUACUGUCGCGCUGCUGGAGGUGACGCGGCGUGGCAUGUGGGCGCUAUUCCGUGUCGAGAACGAACACUGCGCCAACGUCGCGCAGUACAAAGCCUCACGCGACGUGCCGCUGCCGUACCGCAUCGAGCCGCUGAUUACGCAUAACACGGCCAGUGCGGAGGCGUCGCCAGACAUACGCACCAGCAGCAAGCAGAGCGGUGACGUUGACGUCGACGCCGACCACAAGAGGGCCGAGGCUGACCACUCGUCCUCGUCGGCUGGCGCAGGGCCGUCGGCCACCGCCUCGAGCACAGCCCCCUUACAGCCCAGUUCACCAGUCGCCGCGCAUACGCAGACCGCUGGCCCGCAACGACAGUCAUCGGCGACCUCGACGGCGGCUCGCCCCGGCGCCUUCUCCACCGCUACCAGCGCCACGGUCGUCGCUUCACAAUCCGGCGGCCUCUUCCGGCGCCGCACCGACUCGGCACGCACCUUUUCCAAGAUGCUCGCUGACGCACACACGCAAGACUUCGAAAAGAAGAGGAAGAAAAAGAAGAACGGGGAACGUAUCGACGACGAGCACGUCGACGCCGUCGCAGCCGUGGAGAGUGAGGAUGACGACGACGACAGCGAUGACUCCGCGGAUGAGCGUGCUGCUGCGCGCGAGGAUGCUCGACUGAUGCGCAGAGGGGAUGGCGGGGUAAUCAUGGAAGAGGAGGUAUAA